AUGGCUGAUCCGGCGCGCGCCUUCGUCGCCGGGCACCCGAUCGGCCAUUCGCGAUCGCCUUUGAUCCAUCGCUUCUGGCUCGACCGGCUUGGCCUGGCCGGAUCGUACGAACCGCUCGAUAUCGCCCCUGACGAUUUCCCGUUCUUCCUGGCCGGUCUGUCGGCGUCCGAUUGGGCCGGCGGCAAUGUCACCAUUCCGCACAAGCAGACCGCGUUUGCCGCUAUCGACAAGCGUGAUGCGGCGGCCGAAGCGAUCGGGGCCGUCAAUACCAUCUGGAAAGAGCGCGGCGAGCUCGCCGCCGGCAACACCGAUGCCUAUGGCUUUGCGGCCAAUCUCGACGAUUGGACACCGCAAUGGCGCGCCGGCCAACGUGCAUUGGUGAUCGGCGCGGGCGGCGCAAGCCGCGCAAUCCUCCAUGCGCUGCUCCAAGCCGGCUAUCGCCAUAUCGAUCUGGCCAACCGCACCCGCGACCGGGCCGCUGAACUCGCCGACUUGUUUGGCGCGUCCAUUCAUGCCGCCCCGCUCGCCGCAAUCGACGAACGGGCGGCCGAUGCCGAUCUGGUGGUCAACACGACGUCGCUGGGCAUGUCCGGCGAACCGCCUCUGAUGCUUGAUCUCGACAAGGUCGGUGACCAGGCGAUCGUGACCGACAUCGUCUAUUCGCCGCUGGUCACGCCCAUGCUUGCCGCCGCGCGCGACCGCGGCCUGAUCGUUGCCGACGGGCUGGGCAUGCUGCUGCAUCAGGCAGUCCCGGGAUUCGAACGGUGGUUUGGCGUCCGGCCACUGGUGACACCGGACCUGCGCGCCCAUAUCGUCGCCGACCUUGAGGCGCACUGUGCGGGGGACAACGCGUCAUGA